AUGAUGGGCAGUUUUAAUAAGAAGUCUAGUAACGUUACCCAAGGAGGAGGGCAAUCUAGUAGGUUAAAUGUGCCACCUGUUGUGAAUUCUUCCGAUUCCGGUAAUAAUGCUGCUUCUACAGUCCGUAAUGUACAGAAUGGUGCCCCGACGCAAUCUCCAUUACAUGGAACAUCUGAUGCUCCACCGCCUCCAAGCAGUGUUACCAAGCCGUCAGAAGCAUCUGCUACUCAGAGGAGUGCCCGAGCUGUUCCAAAGGCUCCAACUUCUCAUCCUGCUGCCGUGAGUUCAGAGAGUGGGGCGUCCAUGACACCUGCCAAGGUCUUGGAUUGGAAUAAUAAGUCAUGUAUUUACAAUGUUUUUGAUGUCCCAGCCCCAGUGGAUGCAUCUAAGGCAUUUGCUUUUCAAUUUGGGUCCAUUAGUCCUGGUUUUAUGAAUGGGAUGCAGGUUCCUGCUCGAACAAGCUCAGCUCCCCCAAAUUUGGACGAGCAGAAACGUGACCAGGCACGCCAUGAUACAUUUAGGCCUGCUCCUUCAUUACCAACUCCUGCUCCUAAGCAGCAAUUGCUGAGGAAGGAAGUGAGCUCAGCAGACCAAACUAUUGCUGGGGAGAUUCAUCCAGUCCCCAAGGCCAGAAAAGAUACACAAAUCCCACCUGGACCAUCUGUGAGCCAGACGCAGAAGCCUUCUGUUCUUCCAGUUCCUAUGACUUCUAUGCAAUAUCAGCAGCCACAGGUCUCUGUGCAGUUUGGUGGCCCAGGCCCUCAAAUUCAGUCUCAGGGUGUGCCGACAACUUCACUUCAGAUGCCAAUUCCAAUGCCAUUACAGAUGGGGAAUGCUCCUCAAGUGCAACAGCCAGUUUUUAUUCAAGGUCUCCAACCUCAUCCUAUGCAGUCUCAGGGAAUGAUGCAUCAGGGCCAAAACUUGGGUUUUACGACCACAAUGGGUCCUCAGAUGCCUCCUCAGUUAGGCAGCUUAGGAAUUGGCAUUGCCCCACAAUAUCCUCAACAACAGGGUGGUAAAUUUGGCGGUCAACGUAAAACACCUGUCAAGAUUACUGAUCCAAAGACACAUGAAGAGCUGAGGCUUGAUAAGCGGACAGAUGCAUAUCCAGAUGCAGGACCAUCAGGACUGAGGUCUCAUCUCAAUGUUUCCCAGUCCCAGCCAAUUCCAUCAUUUGCACCUUCUCAUGCGAUUAACUAUUAUUCUAGUUCUUACAAUGCCAAUAAUUUAUUUUUUCCAACUCCAAGCUCUCUACCCUUAACUGGUAGCCAAAUAGCACCCAAUUCUCAGCCAGCACCUAGGUUUAAUUAUCCAGUCAGCCAGGCUCCCCAAAAUGUUCCUUAUGUGAAUGUAGCUGCUCUCAAUUCAGUUCCAGUUAGUAAGUCUGGGACUGCAAUUCAUGGUGUUGCAGAACUGCAGAACUCAGACCAUGCUCGUGAUGCACGCAAUGCAAUCUCCUCAACUCCAUCCGGAGUAGUACAAGUGAUUGUUAAGCCGCCUGUUGGUUCUAUUGGAGAGAAAGUUGUGGAGCCAUCUUUGCCAAAGAUCACUGCUGUUGAAAAGGCUGGAUCCCACAAAUCCUCAAGGUCAUCUGGGGAAGCUAGCCCAUCUCCUUCUCAAAGGGAUUCAGAGACUUCUUCAGAAAGCUCUUUACAGCAGACAAAACCUGGUGGUGAAUCAUCAGUCAGGUCACUUCCUGUGGCAGCCACACAGCCUGCAGCGGUUGCUGUUGAUGGUGCAGCGUCUGCUUCCCUGGCUCAUUCUGAUGAUGCAAUACCAGGGGUAUCCAAUGCUGAAGGCCGAAAAAGGAAGUUCUGGAUUGCUGGACAGACUACCUCUUUACCGAGCUUGUCUUCUCGCACUGCGGAACAUGGUAUAUCUUCUGGCAGUGGGUUUUCUGAAACUGAAGAAACUACAACAAAUCCUUCUCCAUCAUCAGCAGGCAGUGAAGUUUUGACUGAAUCAAUCGAGGGACCAGUGUCAACAAUUACUGCUUUGGAUCCUGAUGUUUCUGAAACCAAGGUUGACAAGGCUGGAGAUGGUUUUGACACUGGUUCAUCUCAAGUUCUUGUUGCUGGAGUUGAUCAUACCACAAAUGCCACUCAUGCUAAGCUGGAUGAUUCUUCCCCACAAGAAAAACUAAAAUGUGAAAUUCCAGCAACAGAAGAGCAAGGAGAAAAAGCACUGUCUGAAUUUCCUAAACACAAUUACAGCAUUUCUUCAGCAUCAAUUAAUUCCAAAUCUGCAGACCUUGUCAAGCAAGAUAAAAAGGCAUCUGAUUUGUUUUCUACUUCUGUUGGCAAUGAGGUUCCAGCCGUAGAAACUGCACAGGAGGGGCUGUCAGAACCUGUGACUCGCCACACAGCAAAUGACAGGAUUAUGGAUGAUGAGGAUGCUUCUACAUCCAGAAAUUUAGAUUCUGCAGAUGAUACAAAGUCUUCAGAUGCAUCUUUGAGUCACAGUGAUGGCAUAGGUAACAAAGAAGCUUCUGUUACAAAGUCUGUUGUAUCAGGUCAGCAGGAUUCUGUUCCAGUACCUGAUAUUUCUGAGGUAACUGCAAAACAUGAAGGGGACGGUGUGGGAAAUGCAAGCAGUGGAACAGUCUCCCUUGCGGUUGGUGCCAAAGAAAAGCCUGCUGAACUGACUAGAUCAAAGAGUACCACUGGUAAUGUGAAGAAGAAGAGAAGAGAAAUUCUUCAGAAAGCAGAUCUUGCUGGGACUUCUGAUCUUUAUGGGGCAUAUAAAGGUCCAGAGGAAAAGAAAGAAAAUUUCAUUUCUUCAGAAGCCAUAGAAAGCACUAGCCCUAAUCUGAAGCAGGCACCUGCUGAUGCCCUUCAGGUCGACUCUGUUGCAGGAGAGAGAAGCAGGCAGAAUAAAGCUGAGCCAGAUGAUUGGGAAGAUGCUGCCGACAUGUCUACACCGAAACUGGAAGAUGAUGGGGAACUAUCACACAGAGGAUUGGGACAACAUGAUACAAAUGGGAAUGCCAAUACAGCCAAAAAAUAUUCCAGAGAUUUCCUCCUCAAAUUUUCCGAGCAAUUUACUGAUCCUCCCAAAGGUUUUAAUAUUCCACCUGAAAUAGCAGAGGUUUGGAUAGGUGUCAAUGUUUCUCAUCUUGCUGAUCGGGAUUCAUACCCCAGUCCUGCAAGAGUUAUGGACAGGUCUAAUAGCGGAUCUCGGAUAGACCGCCGUGGGAGUGGUAUGGUAGAUGAUGGCCGAUGGAGUAAACAGCCUGGUCCAUUUGGUCCUGGAAGGGAUUUGAACUCGGAUAUUGCUUAUAGACCUAAUGCAUGUUUUCGACCUGUAACAGGAGGCAACUAUGGCGUUCUGAUGAACCCACGAGCACAGAGUCCUGUAGGGAUUCUAUCUUUGCAAUCAAUGGGUCCUCAGGGAGGGGUGCAGAGAGGUGGUUCGGAUGCUGACAGAUGGCAGCGUUCAGCUAGUUUUAUGCAUAAAGGAUUGAUUCCUUCUCCUCAUACUCCGUUACAGGCUAUGCACAAAGCUGAGAGAAAGUAUGAAGUGGGUAAAGUGACAGAUGAAGAAGAAGCCAAGCAAAGACUGUUGAAAGGCAUAUUGAACAAGCUAACUCCUCAGAAUUUUGAGAAGCUUUUUGAGCAAGUAAAAGCUGUUAACAUUGAUAAUGUUGUGACGCUUAAUGGCGUUAUCUCACAGAUCUUUGACAAAGCUUUAAUGGAGCCUACUUUCUGUGAAAUGUAUGCUAAUUUCUGCUUUCAUCUAGCGGGAGAGUUGCCUGAACUCACUGAAGAUAAUGAAAAGGUAACUUUCAAGAGGUUACUUCUGAACAAGUGUCAGGAGGAAUUUGAGAGAGGGGAGCGAGAGCAAGAGGAAGCUAAUAAAGCUGAUGAAGAGGGUGAGAUUAAACAGUCUGAAGAGGAAAGAGAAGAAAAGAGGAUCAAGGCACGUAGACGAAUGCUUGGUAACAUAAGACUAAUUGGAGAGCUGUAUAAAAAAAGAAUGUUGACUGAAAGAAUAAUGCACGAGUGCAUCAAAAAGUUGCUGGGUCAAUAUCAGAAUCCUGAUGAGGAGGAUGUUGAGGCUCUUUGCAAACUAAUGAGCACAAUUGGAGAGAUGAUUGACCAUCCCAAAGCCAAGGAGCAUAUGGAUGCAUAUUUUGAAAUGAUGGCAAAAUUAUCAAACAACAUGAAACUCUCAUCUAGGGUUAGGUUUAUGUUGAAGGAUGCAAUUGAUUUGAGGAAAAACAAAUGGCAGCAGAGGAGGAAGGUUGAAGGGCCAAAAAAGAUCGAGGAAGUGCACAGAGAUGCUGCUCAAGAACGACAGCUGCAAACUAGUAGGCUUCGCAAUCCUGGCAUGAAUCCUUCUCCAAGAAGGGGCCCUAUGGAUUUUGUUCCGAGAGGGUCAACAAUGUUACCUUCUCCAAAUGCACAGAUGGGUGGUUUCCGAGGGUUUUCCACUCAGGUUCGUGGGUAUGGCAACCAGGAUGUUCGGUUUGAUGACAGACAAUCUUACGAGGCUAAGACGUUGUCGGUUCCCUUACCUCAAAGACCUCUUGGUGAUGAUUCUAUUACUUUGGGUCCCCAAGGUGGUCUUGCAAGAGGAAUGUCCAUUAGAGGAGCACCUUCUAUUGCAGGCACUCCUGUAGCUGAUAUUUCUCCAAGCUCAGGUGACUCAAGAAGAAUGGCACCUGGUUUGAAUGGUUUUAGUGCCAUUUCGGAACGAUCAAAUUACAGCCCAAGGGAAGAUCUCAUUCCAAGAUAUCCUCCAGAGAGAUUUUCAGUUCCACCCGCUUAUGAUCAAAUGAGUGGUCAGGAACGAAAUAUGAAUUAUGUUAACAGGGACCCAAGGAAUCUAGAUCGUCGUUUUGAUAGGCCUCUGGGAUCACCCCCGCCAACACGAGCACAAGGACCACCUUUAGGCCAGAGUAUUCCAACAGGAAAGUUGUGGCCUGAGGAACGACUGCGAGAUAUGUCUCUGGCCGCAAUAAAAGAAUUUUACAGUGCCAGAGAUGAGAAAGAAGUUGCCCUAUGCAUCAAAGAUUUGAAUUCCUCAAGUUUCCAUCCUUCAAUGAUCUCUCUCUGGGUCACAGACUCAUUCGAGAGGAAGGACAUGGAGAGAGAUCUUUUGGCUAAGCUUCUUGUCAGUCUUACAAGAUCUCAGGAUGCCAUUUUGAAUGCAAACCAGCUCAUCGAAGGGUUUGAAUCGGUACUGACUACUUUGGAGGAUGCUGUAAAUGAUGCCCCCAAAGCACCAGAAUUUCUUGGACGCGUCUUUGGAAGAGUUGUUGUAGAAAAUGCUGUCCCUCUAACAGAGAUAGGGCGGUUACUAUGUGAAGGUGGAGAGGAACCGGGCAGCCUUCUUGAGUCUGGGCUUGCAGGGGAUGUUCUUGGAAGUAUUUUGGAGAUAAUCAAAGCAGAGAAAGGAGAAGGUGUCCUAAAUGAGAUUCGUAGUUCCUCCAAUUUGCGUUUUGAAGAUUUCCGGCCUGCAGAUCCUAAUAGAUCAAGGAUACUAGAAAAGUUUAUUUAG